AUGCCCUCCACAAAAGUACACACCAACACCAACAUUAACAACUAUCACAACUCUUACGACUCUCACAUCUCUCCCAAGCACACCGACAUCAAUUGCACGAUUUUCAAUAACUUACUUCUUUCUUUUGAUUUACUCAUUUCUUUACCCUACAGCUAGCUGUGAGCUGAUCGCAGUGUAAUAAGCAUGUCGGAAUUCAUAGGGUGAGUCUCCAAAACGCUGAAACUGAAGCACUUGUCUUCAACUUCCUACAAUGCAUGCUGACCAUGGCGCGUUUAUAGUUCGAGGAUAUCCUUGGUAUCAAGGAGUGAUAUUAGGUAUUUCUUAUAGUUGAGAUAUAUUUGGCCGAAUAUUGACGCGGGUUAAGAUAUGUCGGUACACUCCAUGAGAUCAAUUCGGAAAACUCAACAGUAGCCUUGGAAAAUGUCAAAUCUCAUGGAACAGAAGGACGCAAGAACAACCCGGAUGAUGAGAUUCCACCUUCGGAUAGUGUUUACGAGUACAUCGUCUUCCGUGGUAGUGAUGUGAAGGAUCUGCGAAUUGAGGAAGCACCUGCACCCAAGGAAAACAAGCCCCCGCAGGUACCUAAUGAUCCUGCAAUUCUAGGAGUAAGUGCGAUUUUCUCGAUAAACCAGCACCCGCUGGCUUUCUGCUACUGCCAUAUAUCAACCUUGUUUUAAAUGAUGAAAUAUUUCGGAUGUUAAAUCAUAUUGUCUCCGAGAGCGCAAAACCGUGUGGAGAUUUUCCGUUGCCUUCCUUCUGAUUCAGAUAGCUCAAUCAUAUAUUUGCAUUGAAUGUAUACAGCAAGGUUACUAACAAGACUCUUCUUUACAGAGCGGAACUCGUCCAGCCCCCUCCGCACAAGGACCCCCGACUCCUCAAAACCAAAAUCCACGAGGACCUCCACCGCAAGGACAAAAUGGUCCCCAACAGCAAGGACCGCCUCCUGGAAUGGCUCCUUUCGGGCAAUACCCGCCUCCUGGAUUUUAUCCUCCUCCGCCUGCAGGAUGGGGCCGCGGAGGUCCUCCUGGUCCAGGUUUUCCAGGAAUGCCACCAUUUGGCGCCCCGCCAGGUUGGUAUCCCCCACCUGGACACGGAUUUCCACAACAUCCUGGACAAUUUCCCCCUCCUCCUGGCUAUGGCUUUCCACCACCAAAUCAACAAUUUCAGCCACAAAACCAGCAACAAAAGCCAUCGCCAAUUGGACCUGGCGCGAACAAACAACAAACCCCUACUUCCGCAAACUCUACAGACAAACCAGCUGACGCACAAGCUCCUGGUGCUGCCAGCACUGCUGCACCAGCUGCAAAACAAGCAACCCCACCUCCUUCUAAGGCUUCCCCAACUGAAGCGGAGGCCUCCGCUACGAAACCAUCCCAACCUGCAGCCGCACUCGCUGCGCGAGCCACUCCAAGUGGACCUAAGAGCGGUCGUAUCCAACCUGCAAUGCCAUUAGCUAGUCCUGCAGUAACUAAGGCUCCAUUGCAAAAUACCACUGCCCCUGCCGUGCCAAAACAAAGCGACGCUGCCGCAAGCUUGAGAGAUGCCACACAAGCUGCGACUGCUGCCGUUGCUGCUGCAAUGGCUAAACUCCCUCCAGUUGGAGGUCAACAGACCAAUGGAAGCGCAGUUGACAACUUGACAAGAAAGGUGAACGAAAUGCGAACAACCGAUCCUGUUCGGGCUCCUAGACAACCAGGUAACAAUGGAUUUGCGGCAAGAGGUAGAGGUCGAGGUGGCCGAGCUUCCGGUCCAGCUAAAGUUGAUGUUCCCGAGGCCGAUUUCGAUUUCGAGACUGCAAAUGCAAAAUUCAACAAACAAGAUUUGGUCAAGGAGGCUAUUGCUGGAUCUCCACUUGGGGAGCAGCCUCCAAAUACUUCAACCGCACCCGAAGCUGAGAUGGAAGAAACAGUGCCUAAGGCAUACAAUAAAGCCACAUCAUUCUUUGACAACAUUUCAAGCGAGGCAAAGGAUCGUACAGAAGCUGCUGGAAACAGACCUGGCGGACGUGAGUGGCGAGGUGAAGAACAAAAGAAGAAUGUCGAGACCUUUGGACAGGGAAGUGUUGAUAAUGGUGGUUAUCGCGGAGGAUAUCGCGGCCGAGGCCGUGGCCGUGGGGGCUACAGAGGAAGAGGUGGCUAUGGUGGUAAUGGACAGCCUACACGUGGCCGCGGUGGAGGAUAUCGAGGUCGUGGCGAUGCCCAAACCCUGGUACAAUAAAUCAUACUGAGUCAAUGGUCGAAAUUUGCUGGGUCAGGAUAGGUUCUCUCUGCUCUGUAUCAAAAUAUUUGCGACAAAUUUCUGGGUUUCGGAUAGGAACAGCAAUGGAGUGCAAUCUCAAGGUAAGAGGGUCUCAGAGAGUUUCCCUUAGCAGGUUGUGGAGAGUGAGGGUUUCUUUGCGCACAUUCACGGUAGUUUUCUUUAAAUCAAACAUGUAUCACCAGGGAGGUCUCGUGAGCGAGGCCAUGACAUCAGUGGACAUUCUUUGGUUUGGGUGGAGCUGGAGUAUGAAGCGAUCUUAUUCCGAAUGAAUGGAGUAGGGGGUUUUAUUGACAAAGACAAGAAGGUUUCCUUUGAUAUCAGAAACCUGUAUGUACUGCGGGGAGUUGGGUUAGGUGUCAACGAUGAGACGAAAUAAACGGCUAGCUGGAGAGAGUUGAUAUUGCUUGAGUGAAGAUUGUCAUUCGUCCUCAUUUUGAAGAUGCUAUGGACUUUGUCAAUGCGGAAGAUAUUCCAGAUAAAUCAGAUGAAUAUGAACAAUUAAACGAGAAAACUUGGAAAUGGGUUUGAUGGCCAGUGGAAGGUGCAUAACUAAACAUUGCAGUUUAACACCCUUCAGAAAUAUUAAAUAGCCAUCAAACCAAGACUGGUUUGUAUGUUAUGGUUUCAUGAAGUGUGUAAAUUGGACUUUGGUUG